UUUCACACACACGCUCUUGUCCUCGCUCUUUCAAGCUGUUUCUACCCCAUCAGACUUUGUCUCACUCUCCGAGUUUCUCCCUCUCUCUGUCUCUCUCUUUCUCUCUCCUUCCCCUCUCUUCUACCAUCCACCCCCCUCGAAAGCUGCUGAUCUCAUAGCGUGAGAGUACUACUCUGAGCUGGGCUAAUCAUGUCACAGACUAGUGAGAGGGACUGCUACCUGUGAGCCGGUGAAGCUGAGCAAGUAAAAAGUUGGAAAACAAAUUUAGAAAAACAAAACAGAAAAUAGUGAGCUGCAAGAAUGGAAAUACAAAAGCAUGACUGUGCAUCAGCAGUAUGUGACAUCAUUGCAGUUGCACAAGAAUUGCUGUCACCUAAGCAGUAGUAGCACAUUUUAUGUUUGUUUCAUGUUUUUUUAACUGUCUUUGUGAUGCAUAUGAUGCCCGCAAAUUGAAACCAAAGUCAGUUCUUUGUGGUUGAAAAUAUUGCUGGUGCAGAUGCCGCAUGUUAUCAGACUGAGAUAAUGGAAAAGUGCAAAAAUGAAACUCUCAUCAGCAAACACUUAAAUGUCAAUGAAUGACAACAACAUAACACCCGCUUCAGAAAAUGUCAGCCACAGGGUUUUCAGAAUAUCUGUUAACUGUUUCCACUUGUUCACGGCUGACCUCUGGGUGCACGCUCGUAUAUGCAGCACAUGUCUGUGUGUAUUUACAGAGGCUGAGAGACAGAGGAACACUGCAGCAUUCUACUGUGGUCAAGAGAAGAGGUGGAGGAAUUUUUGCUUCUGCUGACUGGCUGACCUGCAUGUAAUUAGUCAAGUCAUAUUUUUAACUGAUAUUGCGUAAAAGCCAGCUUAAGGAGCCAUAGCUGCCCUAUUUAUACCCUAGGGGCUAAUGGCCUGUACCACCACACAGGGGGAUUUCCUCCCAGAACUAUACUAAGCCUGCCUUAGGCCGUACCAGUUAGGAUUCACAGGGAUUAACCCAGCAAUACAUUACAGGCGUCACCCUCUAGUCUGCAUCACACACACACUGUUCCUCUCUUCCGAUCAGCUCUUUUAUUGCAGUGUUUAGAGGGCUCUGCUUACAAAUCUGCUUUUGAGAAGGUGGUAUGUUCAGUUUAUUUUGCUGCACUUGAAGCUCACACUAUUGAUCUUAUCCAUAAACAAAAACAGCAGAUAUUUUCAUUCAUUUGUGCUACAGGCAGAUGUGCAAGUCUGUCAUGAGUUUGCACAAAGAAUACAUUUUAGUGUGAUUCUUUGCAUGCAUGUUUGUUUCUGUGUACAAGCAGCAUACCCUGUGUGUGUGUGUAUAUGUGUGUGUGUGUGUAUGUAUGUAUGUGUGUGUCUUAAUAGUAACUCCUGAGCCAUAAGCCCAUCCUCAUUGUGGCUGAGCCUGCUGCGGGCAGGGCUGCUGGCUCAUCCUGUUGAAGAAUGGGUCAGGGCCCCGAAGGCUGACCUGGCCUUUUGCCCAUUAAGCUAUCGCCCGUAUCACCCUGUCCUUUUAUCAGCUUAGCCCGGCUCCUUGUGGAGUAAGCCACAGCACAAGGCUUGUAGUACUCCCCUCCCUCUCCCUCACACCCUCCCUCCAUCACUCCAUCAAUCCAACCGUCCCCCUAAAGACUUCUGUCUAUCUAUCUAUCUAUCUAUCUGCUGUGUCCUCUACCCCACCCCCCUCCCACCCCACUCUCCUCUACUCUCCCCUCUGUUCAGAUCUGUUACAUUCAGCAACAAAUUUCUGCUGCAUCAGACGUCCAUCAUAGAUCCCCCACUCAGCCUGAAACGUGAUCAGACACCCGAUAUGGGGCUACGCAUGAGGAAGGGUAAAACAAAAAAAACAAGAGCAAAAUGUUUUUUUAAAAAUAUAUAUAUAUAUGAAGAAAAAGGGCCAGAAGCUUAAACAUUAAACCAUGUUCGGUGAAUCCACUCUAAAAUCUCACCUGUGGAAGACUUUGACCCCUGUUGCUACUUAGCACUUCCACCACCAUGAUUUCUUUUUGGGUGUACUCUGACUCAUCUGAUCUUUCUUGUCUAGGCCUGACCCUGUGUGUGUGUGUGUGUGUGUGAUAGACAGAUUAAAUAGAGCAAAGCCAGGUAGAGAGACAGACAGCAACAGCUAGAAGAAAUGGAGAGAACACCAAAUGCCUCAGUGCUGUCAUACAUGACUGACAGCGCAGUACAACUCCAUGGUGUGAUUUCUCAUGUUGUGUGUGUGUGUGUGUGUGUGUGUGUGUGUGUGUGUGUGUGUGUGUGUGUGUGUGUGUGGAUUCAAUAUGCCAGAUAUCAAAGAGUGCAUGCAUAAAUGGGGCACAGCAGUCAUUUCUGUAUCUCCACAUUGUAGUAAAUAACCUUUGAUGAACCCGGUCCCUGCUCUAUUUCCUUCUCUUUCACUAUGACUGGACUAUUACAUUGAAAUCUAUAUCAAACACAGAUGAGUGUUAUGAUUUAUGUAGAAUUAUAUUUAAGAUAACUUGUCCAAUUAUAUCUGUCAUUUCUAAAUGCUGAUUAAGGGGCAGAGGUGUGAAUGAUUUUUAAAGAAAAGUAAUUAUUUGGUUUGUUUUGCCGCAUUGCAUUUGUUUCCUAGUUUUUAUAUUUUGAUACGCAAAGUACAAUUUCUCACUAACUUGCUGACCUUAAGAUUUAAUGGCAUUGUUAGAAAAUGUGUUAUUUAUGUGGGAAGUUAUCUUGUAUAAUCACGUGUUGGACAUUUUAAUUCAAAUUGCCAAGAAAACUCUGACACUUUGUGAGGCACGGGUUGCUUUGUGUAAUAUAAUCACAGAAACAUGUUUGCAGAAGUUACUUUGUUUUUACAUGCUGCCAAUUGUACAGUCAAAGGUUUUUGAAUUAUUAAAAAAAUAUAUAUAAUUACAGUAAAAUGAACAAUUUCCUGUUUGUAUAGUAGCUUUCAUAAAUAUAUAAGAAACCUGCAAUUCUUAGCCUAUUGAUCCAUUUUACUGGAUAUAGUUAAUCCAAUUAUGAACAGCUGGAUUUUUCUUUCUUUUCUUUCUCUUUAUUUCAUACCAUCCCUAAGAUUGUUUUAUGACUUGUUUAAAGCCUAUGAAGUAAAUGUUGCUGUUACUUCUGUUGACCAAGAUUGAAUACUGAUUGAAUUAAAGAAAAAAUCUCAGUUUUUAUUUCUAUUGAAUCUUAAUUCAAAAUGCUCAAGAAUAUAAAAAUAUGAAUCUUCACUCUUUAUUAAUUGUGAUAGUUAUAAUGAACCCACACAAAUACAAUGAAUAACAGCAGACAGCGCUUGUGCCCACACAACCUCGGCGCACAUAAUCCUCAAACAGCAUUCAGUUUGAAAAUAAAAAAUAAGAGUAAUCUUUUCCUAAAUGUCAGAGGAGACGUUCUUGGCAAUUGUCACCACACUGUGUGAAUGUUUCAAUGUGGCCUUCAAACUGAUGUGUCUGCACACCUCCAAGUCUGAUUAGCUUUCCAUUCCACUGAGGUUGAGAAGUUAGACAAGGUUAACCGCUUAUUUACUGUUGCUGGAUAUGAGUGCAUUUUGUUCUGUGUUCAAAAGAUUAGAUGAGUUGCUUGUAGACACAUGAAAGAAAAUAAAGAUAGCUUCUUUCUUUUUUUUUUUUUUUACAAUUAUCCACUAAUAAUGAUUAGAUUGCUUCAUUAAAUUGUAUUUCUCCCUGUGCUCCAAUUUAAGCUCACACUACAGUAUUGCAUUUCUGUUCUGAUAAUUAACAUAAACAUAUUGAGGUUUUGAGCCGUGUUUUUUUUUUCUUUCUUUUUUUUUCUAUUUUUGACAAGGAGCAGGCAGGAUUAUUUGCAUAGCAUUGCAUUGUCAACCUUAGGCCUGUUUAUUAUUUUGUAAAAGGUUUCUGUGCUGACAGGUUUCUGACUUCUUUGCCGUAAAUGAACUACACUUCUCUCACCAAUUUGGUCCUAAUAAGCCAUAGCAGCCAUACCAACACACUUCACUUACACUGACUGAAUCACUGAAGCAAAUCAUUCAGAGCUCUCCUGCAGUGCUUCUGUUAGCGCAUGAGCCUGGGUGAGUGUGUGAGCGUGUGUGUGUGUGUGUGCUCAUGCAUAUGAAGUCAAAUUAAAUUUAUUCAUAAAAGCUCUUUUAACAAGCAGGUUCAUCACAAAGUGCUUUGAUGAGAACAAAGGACACAAAUUCAGAUGAAAACUACAGAUAAACAAAAAGAACAAGUAUCGUGUCAAUGUGUGUGUGCAUGUGUGUGUGUGUGUGUGUGUGUGUGUGUGUGUGUGUGUGUGUGUGUAUUUGCUAGCUUGAUGGAUGUGAGGUUUAGUUUUGAGUCAGAGGCAACAGCAAAAGCCUAAGUCUGAGAGUGUGUGUAGGAUGAGCCUCCUACCACGUCCCUCCCUGUCUCUCAUCAACUGUCUCUCUGCCUCCCCUCCAUCCUUCCCUCCCUUUUAUGUGCCAACAUGUCUUUUGAAAACUGUUCAGCAGACACAUAGAUUAAUGAUUUGAUUGUUGACUGACUGAUUAACGGCUUUUCAAGUUAAAAAGAUACAUUUAACUGGCAAAACUUGUGUGGAAAGCAUAACAGCAGACAGUGCAAAGGCAGCAUAUAGUCACAUAUAUAAUCUGUACAUGCUGCAUCCUUGACUGUGUGUGUGUGUGUGUUUGUUUGUGUGUGCAUAAUGUAUAUAUGUGUGUGUAUGCAUAUUUGUAUCCCUCACAGUGAUUAAAGCAAGUGGGCGGCAGCAGCAACUGGUCUGCCUGUGUGGCUCUGCAUAGCAGACAUGUUUCUCACUGCUAGAUAUUACUCAUUUCCUCAGCCCUUUGCACACACAAGCACACACACACAUACACUCACUCUCUUGACACACACACACUCACAUACACAACAGACACAGAGACGGAUAGCAGGCUCUCAGUUCUUUCCCUCAGUUUGGUGGGCUUGCUGGUGUUAUUUCAUGCGUACAGAGAUCAGAGGCAGUGUGUAGCUGGAGGCUGCUGAUAUCUGCGGGUGUUGUAACUGGCGGUGGUGCUGUGGAGGAGCAGUGUAGCACAGUGAGGAGCUGAGGAGUGGGUUGACCCUCUGGGAGGACUGGAAUAUGAAUGACUGCCAACAUUGGGACGUCUGCUCAACCCGCACUAAGGUGAGCAGUGCUUCAGUACAAAAGAAUCAACAGUGAUCUGACAGUGAUGCUGUGUAGCAGCCUUCCCCUCUGUCCGCACCCCUCGUUCUCCCGUGAGGCCCAUGUGACCUAGCCUACACCCACACACAGGGGGCCCCCAUUGCCGCUGGAGCCCACCCAUGAAUCCCAGCCCCGACCGCGGCAAAGAGUGCCUCCCUCCCAAGAAGAGGGAGUCUCGGCAGGGAUCAGCAGAACACCACGUCACCUUGGACGACGAGUUUAAACACCCUGUGCCGCUCCGGAGUCGGUCCAGCACAGGGAGAGGGGAGGGAGGCAGGGAGGCCAGUGACAGGGAGAGAGCUCUGACUAACCCAAACCCCCACCUCCUCCACACUCCCCCACCCCUCCCUGCCCCUGCACCAUGCCUCCCCCUGUCCCUACCGUGGCACCUGGGCUACUCUCCCUCUGUCUCUCUUCCCCUUUUCUCAGGGCAGGUAAGCGAGAGGAGGGGCUCAGGGUCUCCCGCCUGGAGAGAUGAUCCUCUCUCUUCAUCCCUGCCCCACACCUCCAGGUGGCUUAGAGGUGAGGGUUCCCUCUCCUUGCCACCUUCCCCAUCUUCCUCCUCUGCUUCCUCCUUCAAGACCCCCUUCCCAGCCGACUCUAGAGAAAUAUGGUCCUACGUCAACAGCGGCCGGCACGACUACAGCUCCUCUCUCUUCUCUCCAUCGUACUUGUUUAGCCACCACUCUCUCUACCCCCAAGACCCAAGCUUAGUUGAAGCCAGACACAGGUACCUGGGCAAGAGGCCCAAUGGCUUGGAUGGGCCGGGCAGCAGGACUGUCUCAACCUCCAGGCCUCUGCUCACAGGAGAAUAUGGGAAUGACAGCAGCAGAACCAGGCUGAACAUCAGCCCGCACAGCUCCCACACCAAUGGUGGACGGAGACAGCAGGAAGAUUUAACAUCCCGUGUCCAUUCUGGAGGGCCAUUUUUGUCAGACUCUCAAGCUCAGGAGGGCCCUGAGCCACAUUCCUCACUGCAGGACAGACAUCCACAUGGGAUAGUUCAGACCAGCUCCAAUUUACUCUCCACCAGUCCCCAUCCCCUCGGACCAGACCCCCGGGCAGGUAGAGGGGGACUAUUGGACCCCAUAGGGGCCACACCAGCUGAAGCCCAGAUCUACUACUCCCUGGGAUCAGUGUGCCACCCCAGCCCUCAGCCCUACCCACACUAUAGCUCCUCAGGAACACCUCUGUACAACCUGCACAGGGAGCCAGGCCCCAGGCAGCACAAUCUAAGGAACUCACCUCACUCACCCCUGGGUCUGCCUAACAGCCAUGACAGGUCGCAAAGAGACCAAGAAAGAGACAGAGAAAAAGUCCUACACAGGGACAGGGAAAGGGAGCGUGGUAAAGACAAGGGCAAAGAAAAGCACCUACAACACGACAAAGACCAAGAAAGAGACAGCGAGCGUGAGAGACGACGGGACAGAGAAAGAGACCGAGGGAGAGAGCUAUCUCCUUCCCAUCUUCGCACCUCACCCCCGGCCCUUCACCCAUCUCCCCCCGCGCUCCUACCUCACUUCACCAAGGGUUCUCUGAUUGAGCUGGCCAGCGGGCGGUUGAAGCGGGUGGAGGAGCUGCGGACCGAGGACUUCCUGAGGAGCGCGGAUACCUCCUCAGAGUUCCACCUCAGCACCUGCACUGUGCUGCUGAUUUCCCCAAGCAGCACACAGGGCUUCAGCCACCUGCAGGUCCAUCUCACAGACCGCAACACUCAGGAGUUACUGAAGGUCUUGGUGGAGUAUCCGUUCUUUGUGCAGGACCGAGGCUGGUCUUCUUGCUGUCCCCAGAGAACCACACAGCUGUACAGCCUGCCCUGCCGCCAGCUCAUGGAGGGGGAUGUCUGCCUGGCUCUCACCCCCACGCCCACCCAAACCCACCGGACACACACGCGCACCGGCUCCAGGGCCCACCGCGCGCAACCCCCCUCCAGGGCUACGGGAGAAUCCAGCAGCUCACACAGGGAGGAGAUGCCACCUCCGCCUCCUCCUCCCCCUCUCCCUCACCACCCACCACCACCACCACCUCCUGCUGCGCCGGCCCCUCUGCGCCCUCCGGCUGCAGAGCCUCUAGCUCAGGAGCGGCCGCGUCUGCGCAAACGGCGCUGGUCUGCCCCAGACACCCUUCCCUCAACCGGAACUGAUGAAAGCCUCCUGGAUUUACCUCAUGGCUCCAAGCUAAUGAAAUGGCAGUAGAAACUUGCACAUGCAUACAUACACAUGCAUACUUACAGACACACAUAAGCACACACACACCCUCCUUGUCUCUGUUGAACCCACCAAGACAAAUAAUGGAGAGACCUCAAGGCAGGGUUGCAGGGAAGGAAUAAAAAAACAAUAGAAAACGUAAUUUACGGGUGUCCACACUGCUGCCCAAAAGAUUAUCCAAGUCCAGUCAAGUCUAGCCCCUGUUGCACCCCUCCUCUCCUUUCCUUUCCUUUCCUUUCCUUUCCUUUCCUUUCCCCAACCUCACUUAGCACAGCCCUGAAGGGAGCAGCAGCUGAAGGAUCUCUCGAUGGCUCCUUACAGACACACUGAAGACAUUUAGUGAGACAAUCAAGCACUUGUCUGUGUUCACUCUGUUUUUGUAAUGGUUGUCCCACACACCUACUUACUGACAGUGUUUUCUGCAGGGUAUCAACUUUCAAUCAGUGUUAUGAAAGUAAACGCUAUUGAAGAAGUGCAGAUAUACAGUAUAUGAACAAAAAUUGACUAUAUAUAUUACAGAUGUUAUAUACAGUAAAUAUGCUAAACAGAUUUAAUGCAAUCUCUCUGUCAAUUUCGCAAUGCAUUUCUGUUUUUUUGUUUUUUUUGUUUGUUUUUUUUUCUUGCUUCUGAGCCGAUGUCUACGUAUCGGCCUGGGCAGGCAAGGUGAAUGUAUGAGCAACUCUUCGCCUUUUUUAUUCUCAUCACCGGGAGUCAUUUCAAACAAUUGUUCGUCAAGGCAUUACCCUCCAAUAUGUUCUUAACAUUAUCUCUGAGAAAGGGAGAACACUAAUGAAAGCGUAACAGACAAUCCCACCCACACAGACAGGUCUGUGCCACAUCGCCUCGACACUCAUGGUGUUUUUCCAUUAAAAACUGAAUGAUGGAAAGAGAAAAAAAAGUGCAGUAUGGCUGAAGAGUAAUGGUGCUAAUAACACGUUGGAACAUGAUGCUUUGUGAAUACUCUUGACCCCUGUGUACUGUACGCUUCUGUUCCCAUCUCAUUUUUUUUACGUACUGUAUAUGUUUGAGGGCAGGGAAUAUAAUGAAAGUAUUUUAAACUCAGAUACGGGUAUCUUCUGAUUCAGCACACUCUCUCACUUUAGUUUUUGAGUUUGUUUUUUUUUUUUUAUUUUCAAAAAGAAAAUCUUACCUGUUGAUUUUUCUUUUUAAAUGUUAUAGCUACAAAAAUAUAUGUAUAUUUUUUAAAAAUUGUGAAUCUGUUAUAUGAUGUUCGCUAGAAAUAAAGGAAAAAAAAGCUUUA